AUGGCCUUAAUAUCCAUCCCGACCAUUGCACCAUGGCUACUAUCACUCGUAACAGCCAGCCUGGUGUGCAAGUGGGUUUACCGCCUCUAUUACCACCCCUUGUCCCGCACUCCAGGCCCGAAGAUCGCAGCCUGCACUUCCCUCUGGCUGGCAUACCACACCUACAUCGGCGACGAAUGCACGGUAGUCUUCAAUCUACACCGUAAAUACGGUCCAGUGCUACGCGUCGCGCCAAAUGAUGUCGAUAUCGCCGGUGCAGACGCUAUCGAGCCGAUAUACAUCUCCCGCGGUGGAUUUCCUAAGGCGCGGGCUUACUCGAAAUUCGAUAUCGAUGGCCACACUACUAUUUUCUCUACGUUGACGCUCCCUGAGCGUGCCACUAGAGCCAAGGCUGUUGCGCCACUUUUUUCGACUGCUUCACUGAGACAGUCGGAGAAGGACUUGUCGAAGGUUUUUGAUGAUUUUGUAGGACGACUAAGACGGGAGGCUGAGAAGGGUGGCCCUGUUAAUGUGCUUAAUAUUUCGCGCUGUAUGGCUAUUGAUGCUGUGAGUACUUAUCUGUUUCAGCAUCGCUAUGGGGCUCUUAAUGAGGAGUCUGGAGUGAUGUCAGCGUCACCUUUUGUGGAUGCAUUUGUUGGCGUUGGGGCGUUCUUCAAUCUGACUCCAGGGAGGAUGACGGAUUUUGUCAUGGCAGUUGCUGAGAAGUUCAUGUCAACUGAAACCACCGAGAGAGCAUUCAGUCUUAUGGACAAGUUCACUGGGCAACUUGUCAAAGGUGCGGCGCUUGCGAAAGGUACAAUGCCUAAAAGUGGAAGCUAUCAGAGCCGCCUAUUGGGAAAGCAGUCAUUUUCGCAGUGUCAGAUUGAGGUGAAAGAUGUUUGCUUUGCUGGGACGGACUCGACCAGCAUGAAUACUGCUACCAUAUUGUGGUUUCUUGCAAAGAACCCUGAAAUAUAUAACCGACUCCGCUCGGAAGUCCAGAACACAGCCGCAAAGGGGGAGGAUCCUGCAUCCAGCAGCUAUCUUCGGGGAACUAUUCGGGAAGGACUACGUCUAUCCUGGGCCAAUCCUAUUAGACUGCCACGAGAAGUCCCCAACGGGGGAUGGAAAUAUCACCAAUACUACUUCCCAGCUGGGACGAAUGUCGGUGUAUCUUCUUUCCAGCUGCAUCAAGACGAAGAUGUUUUCCCAGAGCCGUUGCGAUUUACGCCUGAACGCUGGCUGGAACCGACCAAUGAGAUGUUAAAUCACUUUUUUGCAUUUGGAAAAGGUAGUAGGGGGUGUAUUGCGCAGAAUUUGGGGACUUUGGAGUUGACCAUGGCAAUCCUCAAGAUUGUGGAGGCGGACUUGCUUCGUGGGUCGAGCAUUGUUGGCAACGACGCUAUUCGACUCAAGGAGUGGUUUAAUUCUCGGGUUGAAGGGGAGCAGAUUCUGAUUCAGUUUAGCAAUCAAAUCUAG